UAAGAACUAUACUGUUGAAACUUGGUAAGUAGAUGUAUUCUGUGAACCGCAUUAAGAUUUUUACACAAAAAUAGAAAAAAAAAAACAAUAAAAUUUGGGGGUUUCCCAUACUUAGAACUGAAACUCAAUUUUUUUUUCAUCAAACCCAUACGUGUAUGGGUGUGAUGAAAAAAACUAGUUACUAGAACUCGUUCAAACCAAUUUUUGGUGGAAGUUUGCAUGGUAAUGUACAUCAUAUAUAUUUUUUAGUUUUAUCAUUCUUUCAUUUUAGAAAUAACAGGGGGAGGGGGAGACACAUUUUACCAAUUUGGAAGUGUCUCUCGCGCAAACUAUUCAGUUUAGGAAAAAAAAUACUUAUAUUAGAAACCUUAAUAUCAUUUUUGAAGACCUAUCCCACACAUAGAUAUCCCACACGUAUGGGUUUGAUGAAAAAAAAAUCAGUUCUAUGGGGAAACCCCAAAAUUUAUUGUUAUUUUUUCUAUUUUUGUGUGAACAUCUUAAUGCGGUACACACAGAAUACAUCUACUUACCAAGUUUCAACAGUAUAGUUCUUAUAAUUUCGGAAAAAAGUGGCUGUGACAUACGGACGGACAGACAGACAUGACGAAUCUAUAAGGGUUCCGUUUUUUGCCAUUUGUCUACGGAACCUUAAUUAGGGUACCAACAGGGUAAGUAUGAUUUUUUUUCGCUUCAACCCUAUGUAUUAUUAUUACUAUUUAUGAUGUUCCGGAAAUUGUAGUUUAGGCCUGACGACGGGUUAUUGGUUCUCACGGUGUAUACUAUAAAUCAGAAUAUGCCGUUGUUGACAGGUUACCAUGGCACCACUUCAUGUUUACUACGUUUAUUUCUCGAAAUUGUAAAGUGCUCGUUUUUCGACGUUAGUCUUUUGUCUUUGUAAAUUUUAGUGUCCGAAUGUGUUUAUUUAAAUGUAAGCAGGUUUGAAGUGAAAAUUGUUGGUAAAAUAUUAUAUUUUUGAAACAAUUUUAGACUGUGCUAUGUUCAAGUUUGGUACAAAAGAAAUGUUGACCUAAUAGUUAAUUAAGAAGGAUAAGUAGUCAUAGAAGCGCAUAGAACUUAUUAAUUUAAUAAUUUAGUAGAUGGCAGACUGAGAGAUGGUGUGUCCGUGCCAUUCCUUCUCAACCUCGAUCCGGAGGGUGGUUAUGAAAAAACUAAGCAGGAUCGUGAAAAGCUGCCGAAUAUCUUCUGUAAGUUCUUAUUUACGUAUGUUAUAACAAAAGUUUCUGAAAUAUGUACUUCAAAUAACGUUUUGACCUGGUUUUAAACAAUGUAAUAUAAAAGAAGUCCAGAGAUGCGUUGUCAGGAUAUUCCCGCAAAUGGAGUUUAAUUACCUACGCAAUUGCAAACUCAAUGCUUUUUAGUUUACAACCAACAAUCUAUCUUUUUUCUGUUGCCAUGGCGCUCUCCGCACAAGAUGAGACCUAACCAAGAAGUGAGACAUCGCUGUACCGAGGAAUGGGCGACUUACGAUAGUUUUGGUUUUUUAGUGAAAUGGGAGGCAAGCUAGGCAAGCUCUGUUCGCCCCAGGUCCAGUCUGUGGGCUCCGUGCUGGACCGAGUCAUCUCACAGCCCAGCAGCGAGGCCCACACGGUUCUGUACAAACUCGCGGACUUCCAUAAAGGAGGUCUACUGCUAGAGACGUAUGCUAAAGGAGGCAUGGUAGCGGCAGAAAAGCUGAUUCGCGAGGAGUUCGCAGCCUACAUGUACGCUGGAGGGCGCGGGCGAGUCAUCAACCGCGCGGAGUACUUGCGGUGGAAGUUCAGAGAUCAGGAACAGGUGGUCCUGCCGAUCGAAGCGUCGUUGUCUCCACAUGAUCCCCUGGCGAAGUGGGAAGACCACAUGUCUUGCUGGCAAAUGAGCUAUCGCGGCGCGCUGGGCGAGUCGCUGCUGCACGUCCUCAUAAUUUGCGAUACAAAGAUCCACACCAGGCUCGCUAGAACCCUUCUUAAAUGUUUUCCAAAGCUAUCUAUGGAUGUCGUAGAAGGCGAGGAGUAUUUAGGAGCCAGUUCUUUACAUUUAGCAAUAGCGUACAGUAACAACGAACUGGUACAAGAUCUAGUGGACUGUGGUUGUGACGUCAACCAGCGAGCGAUUGGCAGUUUCUUCUUGCCCCGCGACCAGCAGAAAGUUCCUCCAGCCCGACAGACCAACUAUGAAGGGUUGGCGUACCUGGGCGAGUAUCCUCUGGCGUGGGCGGCGUGCUGCGCCAAUGAAUCCGUUUACAACCUGUUGUUGGAGUCCGGCGCGGACCCGGACAUGCAAGACUCGUUCGGCAACAUGAUACUGCAUAUGGUCGUCGUUUGUGACAAACUGGACAUGUUCGGCUACGCUCUCCGCCACCCGAAAGUUCCAGCCAGCAACGGGCGCAUGAACCGUGCCGGCUUCACUCCCCUCACCUUGGCCUGCCAGCUGGGUCGAGACUCCGUGUUCAGAGAGAUGCUUGAGCUGUCCUGUAGGGAGUUUUGGCGGUACUCUAACAUCACGUGCUCUGCAUAUCCGCUAAAUGCUUUGGAUACGCUUUUGCCUGAUGGACGAACAAAUUGGAACUCGGCGCUUUUCAUAAUCCUUAACGGAACAAAACAAGAGCAUUUGAAUAUGUUGGACGGAGGGAUCAUCCAAAGGCUCUUAGAAGAAAAGUGGAAAACUUUUGCAAGAAACAAAUUCCUCAAACGGCUGCUGAUUCUGCUGGUUCAUCUUAUACUGCUCUCUGUGUCUGUGUACCUUCGACACAGCGCUGCGGAGGCCGAGGCUAAUCCUGAAUGGAGACUUGAGAUAACAGACGCUCGAGGCGGUAUCAGACUGGCGUGCGAACUGGGCACCAUAGUCAGUACGUUAUGUUACAUCAUUCUUCAACAAGGCGACGAACUCAAAAACCAGGGCGUCGUCGCUUACUUCAAACAAUUGAUUCACGAACCAGCAAAAUUCAUCUUCCUAGUAUCGAACCUGCUCCUCUUGGUAUGUAUACCGGCGCGAUUAAUGCGGCUGCCUAUGCUGGAAGAGGCACUGCUCAUCUUCCUUCUGCCUGGCUCUUGGUUUCUGCUCAUGUUCUUUGCUGGGGCAGUGCGACUGACGGGUCCGUUCGUGACGAUGAUCUACAGCAUGAUUACUGGCGACAUGUUCACCUUCGGCAUCAUCUACUGCAUCGUGCUCUUCGGUUUUUCGCAGUCUUUCUACUUCCUAUACAAAGGGUUCCCUAAUGUUUCAUCCACUUUAUACUCCAGUUACCCGACCACAUGGAUGGCUUUGUUUCAAAUCACACUGGGAGAUUAUAGUUACUCAGACCUGGGCAUGACCUCGUAUCCAAACCUGACGAAAUCCGUGUUCACUCUAUUCAUGAUCUUCGUGCCGAUCCUACUCCUCAACAUGUUGAUCGCCAUGAUGGGAAACACUUAUGCACAUGUCAUUGAGCAGUCUGAGAAGGAGUGGGUUAAACAGUGGGCAAAAAUCGUCGUCUCUCUUGAACGUUCCGUGGCGCAAGAGGAUGCACACAGAUACCUGCAAGAGUACUCCAUUGGCUUAGGCCCCUCGGAUGACCCGCGAUACGAGCAGCGCGGCGUCAUGGUCAUCAAGAGUAAGGAUAAGACGAGAGCCAAGCAGCGGAAAGGCGCGUUAGCGAAUUGGAAGCGCGUUGGGAAAGUUACGAUAGCAGAGCUGCGAAGACGAGGAAUCACGGGCGAAGACCUUCGUAGGCUGAUGUGGGGUCGUGUGUCUAUUUCCACGCCCACCAAAGCACCUCUUGGAAGGCGCCCACAAGCCCCACCACCGGACUGUGUGGCGGCUGCAGAAGUCAGCCAAAUCGGCCUCUCGGGUGGGGACGCUCUCAACGGAGUUGGGACCGCGCUGUCUUCCGCUCUUGAUGUCAUGGCGUUCACGCAUGACCUGGAUUUAGGGUCCACUGGCACAGACCAAAUGAAACAACCAACGCCAGACCUCCUUGUAAACGGGAAAACCAUCCCAAAACCAGGCCAAACUACAGUCAGUCAACCUGUACAACCACCUUCAAGCCAACCAGGCCUUGCAGUUCCAAAAACUGCCCCUAUAACUGCGCCUGUAUCUGGAAUAGGGCUACAAGUGCCUUCUGUUCCAACAGUUACAGGUGUUCCAGGAGGUUUGCCAGGAGCUGGUAUAACAGGACAAGUUCAAAGCACUCCAGGUGUUUUGCAAGGCUCAGGACCUGGGCUAAGUAUACCUGUGCAAGGUGUUCCUGCGCAAGGUAUUCCUGUGCAAGGUAUUCCUGAGCAUGGUUUGCCAGUGCAAAGCAUAACUAGACAGGGUAUGCCUGGGCCAGUUGCUGGGCAAGCAGCGUUAGGGCAAGGGACUGGAAUGGGUCAGAUUACUAUGACGCAGGAUAUGUUAAAAAUUGGAGUACCGCAGCCACCUGCGCCAGUAGAAUCGUUCCGGGACUUCUUCUUCGAACUUGUUCUGCUAGCGGACUCGCAGAGCCCUGACCAGGGGCAGCUUCGGAAUCUUGCGGAGCAGGCAGCCGACCUGAAGGGUGUUCCGGAGAUUGACAUCAAUAUGAGCACAACAGCGAAAUCAGCUCGCAAGGUGGUAGCUGGGGCGGUUUCGGGCCUUUUUGGCGUGGCAGCCGACGCGCCCGCCGCCGACGCCGGCUGGCGCCGAGAGCGGCACGAGCAAAGCGACAGUGAUCCACCGUCAGAAUCUGUGCUGCUGGGGCGAGCGUCGAGGGCGCGGCGAGCGCGUUCCGCGUCGAAACGUGCUGAGCCACCCCCGCCGCACCUCUACGUGCCAGCCAGGUCAAUGUAUUUUGUUGCAUCGGAGAGUAGUGCUUUGGAAAGCGACGCCCCCUUAGAAGACCAGCCGAGUUCAGGCAAUAAUUCCGCACUUGGGGGUCGAUGGGACGACGCGGCGCGCAUACGUGCAGUACGUCCCCUCUGCAUCUUGCAGGCAACCGGGCUAAACCCCGUGGAACAUUCUGUUUACGUCGUAGGUUCUGGUGACGGAGAGGAAGUGGAAGCUACACCACUUCAGUCUAAACCGAAGCACGAGAGAAGAGUUAGGCCGAAAACAGCGCGUACCCGUCGCAACAGAGUAUCUCCAGUCCCCGAAGCCGGCAGCCCCUUGGAGCCCUGGGCCACGGCGCCGCUGUCGCGCCUCUCUCGACUGAUCCGCUCAACCAGCGCCUCAACGGCAUCUUUGACCGAUACAGAAUCGCCCAGAUAUUGAGUACCAGCAGUGUUCAAUAGUGUUGUGUGUAUGAAUAGCCUGUCAAGCCAUUUCCGUCAGAACAAAAAGGCGGCAAACUUAAAAAAUGGCGCGAAAGGGUAUUAUCCCAUAGAAAAUUUGAAUUUCGCACGGUUUUCUACUGACAGUUAUUUAACAGACUAAAGAAUUCAUGUUCGACCAGAGUAUUCUAUGCCAUAGAUCUUUGUCGCAUUCUAACUAAUCUUGUCUGACCAAGCUAACUCCGCACAGAUUUUACAGAGACCGAGUGCCACAAUAAAAUAAAACGCUCAUAGUUGCAUUUUACACUUUGUCACUUCAGUUAUGUUAUGUUAGACAGACUCUACCCUUUUUCAACUUCGACCAUUGAAUAUGUCAAGCAAGGGUGCAAA